AUGUCCGAGUACCGAUUUUCCCUCAUAAUGAAGAAUUUGCACUUCACCAACAAUGAGGAAUUUGAUGAAGCCACUCAUCCAGCGCCAAAACUCAAGAAGAUCUGGGAAGUAUACCAAAUGAUCCUAAAAAAUUUCCAGCAGGCCUAUGUGCCAGAUAGAGACAUCAGCAUUGAUGAAAAUCUGAUGGCUUACAAGGGACGCCUCAGCUGGAUUCAAUACAUCGCAUCCAAGAGAGCACGGUUUGGAAUAAAAUCCUAUAUGCUCUGCGAGUCUGCCACUGGCUAUAUAUGGAAUUCCGUCAUAUACACCGGUAAAGGAACACAAUUCAACCCCAGGUACAGCGGCUAUGGGAUGGCAACGUCAUCAGUCCUUACACUGCUUGAGCCAUUGCUGAAUCAGGGGUAUUGUGUAACAACGGACAACUUUUACACAUCGCCUGAGCUGUACGAGUUUCUGCUAAAACACAAGACUGAUGGAUAUGGAACCGUUAGGGCCAACCGACGUGACCUGCCAUCUAUGUUUGCCAAGAAAAAACUGAAAACAGGAGAAAUGGUUGCCUGGCAGAAAGGAAAGAUGAUGGCAAUGCGUUGGCGUGACAAAAAAGAUGUGUGCCUAAUGAGUACAGUGCAUAACACCUCCACUGCCAUGGUCCACACAAGAGGUGGGAAAGAUGUCAUGAAGCCACAACUUGUGAUUGACUACAACAACACCAUGGGAGGAGUCGAUAGAGCCGAUCAGGCGAUGACAUUUUAUCCGACUAUGCGGAAACAACAAAAAAAAUAUUACAAAAAAAUCUUUAGGCAUCUCCUGGAACAAUGCCUCUGGAAUGCCUAUAUACUGCACAGAGGAAAGAGUGACAAGCCUCUUGUUCAUUCUGACUUUAUCUGGAAGGUGGCGGAGCGGAUUUUUGUGAACUACCAAACGCCAUCAGUGGCCGUGAACAGAUCUGGACGUCGUGCUGUUGACGUUGUCAACCCAGAACGCCUGACUGGUCGUCACUUUAUGGAUAACAUCCCGCCAACAGCAAAAAAGGCAGCACCUACAAGGAUGUGCAUAGUUUGCUGCUCAAAGCGAGAUGAAAAUGGAAAAAAAAUCCGAAAGGAAACCAGGUUCCAUUGCCCUGAUUGUGAUGUCGGUCUAUGUGCAGUCCCAUGUUUCAAAAUUUACCACACCCAGGAUGUUUACAGAAUUUUCUUUGUUUGA